AGAUAUAUUUGAAUUUGAUUAUUUAUAGAAUAUUGAAUAUUCAUGCAAGCACCUCAGCGGUUGACUUUCAAAAACAGAAAAAGAUUUUCUCUUUAUAACUCUACUCUCCUUCCAAUUCUAGUUAGUGUCCUCUCAUGUUCUGAUAGGAAACUUUUGAAGAGAGGGAGAGGGAGAACAGUAGAGAGAACGCGAUGGCAGGAGGGGCGUUUGCUGAUGGAGCAACCCUAAAGAGGGCUCAUCUCUACGAGUAUAAAACCACUGGUUAUUUUAUCUUUUCUUGCCUUGUUGCAGCAAUGGGAGGAUCCCUUUUUGGGUAUGAUCUUGGUGUAUCCGGAGGAGUGACUUCCAUGGAUGAUUUCUUAAAGAAAUUCUUUCCACAAGUGUAUAGAAGGAAGCAGCAGCAUCUCCAUGAGACCGAUUACUGCAAAUAUGACAACCAGAUACUUACACUAUUUACAUCUUCAUUGUACUUUGGGGCCCUUAUUUUCACAUUUGCAGCAUCCCACUUGACCAGAAGUAAAGGCCGGAAAGCAAGCAUAAUUUGUGGAGCAUUAAGCUUCUUUUUUGGAGCUAUUAUCAAUGCAUUUGCAAUGAAUGUUGCAAUGCUGAUAAUAGGACGAUUGCUUCUUGGGGUAGGCAUUGGAUUCAGCAACCAGGCAGUUCCCUUGUAUCUGUCAGAAAUGGCUCCUGCAAAAACCCGUGGCCGAUAUAAUCAGCUGUUUCAAUUAACAACCUGCCUGGGGAUCCUUGUGGCAAACCUUGUAAAUUACGGAACUGAAAAAAUCCAUCCAUGGGGUUGGAGGCUAUCUCUUGGUUCAGCUACAAUCCCUGCAAUUUUAAUGGGUUUAGGUGCUCUUUUCCUUCCGGAGACUCCCAACAGCCUUGUAGAACAAGGAAAAUUAGAAGAAGGCAGAAAAGUAUUGGAGAAAGUUAGAGGUACAACUAACGUCGAUGCUGAGUUUGCUGAUCUUAUUGAUGCAAGUAACGAAGCAAAAGCCAUAAAGCACCCUUUCAGGAAUCUUCUUACACGGAAGAAUCGCCCACAAUUGAUAAUAGGCGCUCUGGGAAUCCCAAUGUUUCAGCAACUCACUGGAAUGAAUUCUAUACUCUUCUAUGCUCCUGUCUUCUUCCAAAGCUUGGGUUUUGGGUCAGGAACUUCUCUUUAUUCAUCUGUCAUUACUAGUGGUGCACUUGUUGUCGGCGCCCUCACGUCAAUGGCAUUAGUAGACAAAUAUGGCAGAAGAACUUUCUUUAUUGAAGCUAGUAUUGAAAUGUUCUGCUACAUGGUGGCUUUGGCUAUAACUUUGGCCCUGAAGUUUGGACAAGGAGUAACUCUCCCGAAAGCAAUCAGCGUGUUCCUAGUCAUUAUCAUUUGCUUGUUUUGCUUUGCUUAUGGAAGGUCUUGGGGUCCUCUAGGGUGGUUAGUCCCAAGCGAGCUCUUUCCACUGGAGACAAGGUCAGCUGGCCAAAGCAUUGUUGUCUGUGUCAACAUGAUCUUCACAGCUUUGAUAGCACAAUGCUUUCUCGUGUCUCUCUGCCAUCUUCGUUAUGGGAUCUUUUUGAUAUUUGCCGGCUUGGUCGCUUUCAUGGGCAGCUUCAUCUUCUUUCUCCUUCCAGAAACAAAGCAAGUUCCAAUAGAGGAGAUAUAUCUUCUCUUCCAGAACCAUUGGUUCUGGAAGAAAAUAGUAGGGGAUGGAACUAAUGAUGAUGGAUUAGAUGGGAAGAAGGGACAACCAAAUUAGAACAAAUCUCCAGAUUCGGGGAAAACUUCUCCUUUUCAAGUUCAUUGUUUAAUUUUCCUUUAGAUUACAUUUCUGUAGAUAAUGUUUGUCUUUGGUUACGCAUUUCAAUGGAUAAAUAUACAUUAAAUCCUGGCAAUACUUUUUUUGCCAAGCAUUUCCUC